AUCAUUGUCAUCGUUAUCAUCAUCAUCAUCAAAGGCUUUGUGAUGAAGGCACUCACUAUCUGGAUCGGCAGACAUAUGACAGAAGACUGAACAACCAGAAGUUAUGAAGAUAGGUACUGUGGGUGUUAGAAAGAUUCAUGGCAAAACAGGGAAGCAUCUAGGCUGCUUGUGGAAGUCAGACCAAAAUAGCAGGAAGGUAUUGCAGCAAGAUGGAUUUGGGAAAGGACCAAUCUCAUUUGAAGCACCAUCAGACACCUGACCCUCAUCAAGAAGAGAACCAUUCUCCAGAAGUCAUUGGAACCUGGAGUUUGAGAAACAGAGAACGACUUAGAAAAAGAAAAGCUGAAGUGCAUGAAAAGGAAACAUCACAAUGGCUAUUUGGAGAACAGAAAAAACGCAAGCAGCAGAGAACAGGAAAAGGAAAUCGAAGAGGCAGGAAGAGACAACAAAACACAAAAUUGAAGGUGGAGCCUCAGCCACAGAUAGAAAAGGAAAUAGUGGAGAAAGCAUUGGCACCUAUAGAGAAAAAAACUGAGCCACCUGGGAGCAUAACCAAAGUAUUUCCUUCAGUAGCCUCCCCGCAAAAAGUUGUGCCUGAGGAACACUUUUCUGAAAUAUGUCAAGAAAGUAACAUAUAUCAGGAGAAUUUUUCUGAGUACCAAGAAAUAGCAGUACAAAACCAUUCUUCUGAAACAUGCCAACAUGUGGCUGAACCUGAAGACCUCUCUCCUAAAAUGUACCAAGAAAUAUCUGUACUUCAAGACAAUUCUUCCAAAAUAUGCCAAGACAUGGAGGAACCUGAAGACAACUCUCCUAACACAUGCCAAGUAAUAUCUGUAAUUCAAGACCAUCCUUUCAAAAUGUACCAAGAUAUGGCUAAACGAGAAGAUCUGGCUCCUAAAAUGUGCCAAGAAGCUGCUGUACCCAAAAUCCUUCCUUGUCCAACAUCUGAAGACACAGCUGAUCUGGCAGGAUGCUCUCUUCAAGCAUAUCCAAAACCAGAUGUGCCUAAAGGCUAUAUUCUUGACACAGACCAAAAUCCAGCAGAACCAGAGGAAUACAAUGAAACAGAUCAAGGAAUAGCUGAGACAGAAGGCCUUUUUCCUAAAAUACAAGAAAUAGCUGAGCCUAAAGACCUUUCUACAAAAACACACCAAGAAUCAGCUGAACCUAAAUACCUUCCUCAUAAAACAUGUAACGAAAUUAUUGUGCCUAAAGCCCCCUCUCAUAAAACAAUCCAAGAAACACCUCAUUCUGAAGACUAUUCAAUUGAAAUAAACCAAGAAACACCUGGGUCUGAAAAAUAUUCACCUGAAACGUAUCAAGAAAUGCCUGGGCUUGAAGAAUAUUCACCUGAAAUAUACCAAGAAACAUCCCAGCUUGAAGAAUACUCACCUGAAAUAUACCAAGAAACACCGGGGCCUGAAGACCUCUCUACUGAGACAUAUAAAAAUAAGGAUGUGCCUAAAGAAUGCUUUCCAGAACCACACCAAGAAACAGGUGGGCCCCAAGGCCAGGAUCCUAAAGCACACCAGGAAGAUGCUAAAGAUGUUUAUACUUUUCCUCAAGAAAUGAAAGAAAAACCCAAAGAAGAGCCAGGAAUACCAGCAAUUCUGAAUGAGAGUCAUCCAGAAAAUGAUGUCUAUAGUUAUGUUUUGUUUUAACAAUGCUCAACCAUAAAGUUGUGGUCCAAUGGAACAUACA